AAGAUAACUUUUCAAACUGUCCUGUCAGGAAGCCGCUUGUUGGAAGGUUCCCGGCUGCGGCGAAUGGUGGCGGUUUGAAGUUGGAGGAAAGGGAGAGAGAUAUAAGCGGCAUGAUGACUGGUUCCAAUGAGUUUAAGCUCAGCCAAGCCCCUGAAGAUGGGAUAUCCGCUGUUAAGUUCAGCCCAAACACCUCCCAAUUCUUAUUGGUCUCUUCUUGGGAUUCCUCCGUCCGCCUCUAUGAUGUUCCUGCCAACACUAUGAGGCUGAAAUACCAGCAUGCCGGUCCUGUCCUAGACUGUGCUUUCUAUGAUCCUACUCAUGCUUGGAGUGGAGGUCUGGAUCAUCAGCUAAAGAUGCAUGACUUGAAUACUGAUGGAGAGAAUGUGGUUGGGAACCAUGACGCCCCCAUUCGUUGUGUUGAGUUCUGCCCCGAGGUAAACGUUAUGGUUACCGGGAGUUGGGACCAGACGGUAAAAUUAUGGGACCCGCGGACUCCAUGUAAUGCCGGAACCUUCUCUCAGCCUGAUAAGGUGUAUACAUUGUCUGUGUCUGGGGACAGGCUGAUUGUGGGCACAGCUGGUCGAAGGGUGCUGGUGUGGGAUCUGAGGAACAUGGGCUACGUACAACAGAGGCGUGAAUCAAGUCUUAAGUACCAAACGCGCUGUAUCAGAGCUUUCCCAAAUAAACAGGGCUAUGUGCUGAGCUCCAUUGAAGGAAGAGUCGCCGUCGAAUAUUUGGACCCGAGCUUGGAAGUUCAGAAGAAGAAAUACGCCUUCAAAUGUCACCGGCUGAAAGAGAACAACAUUGAGCAGAUCUAUCCCGUCAAUGCCGUGUCCUUCCAUAAUUUACACAACACCUUUGCCACAGGUGGCUCCGACGGCUUUGUCAAUAUUUGGGAUCCUUUCAACAAAAAGCGCCUGUGCCAAUUCCACCGCUACCCGACCAGCAUCGCUUCCCUGGCCUUCAGCAACGACGGCAGCACUCUGGCAAUUGCCGCCUCCUACAUGUACGAAAUGGAUGACAUUGAACACCCUGAAGAUGCUAUCUUCAUACGGCAAGUGACAGACGCUGAGACAAAGCCCAAGUGAGGCAGCGUCACCUGCCUUCCCCUCCCCCCCUCCCCAACCAAGAUUUUUUUUUUUUAUUAAUUUUCCUUUGCCUCAUGAAUAGCGUUAUUGAUGGUAAGAGAAGAUAAGUAUGGCUGACUGUAGGGCUGGGGGAGAUUUUAUCACAUCCUCCCAAGCUUUCAAUAUCCGUCAGUUGAUAGACGUCUGACAGAUAAAAUUAUUCUCAGUUGUUUUAUACAGAAGCGUGUCGACCUUCUCCUGCAUUUCUUGCCCUUCAUUAUCGGAGAGGACUUCUUACUGUUGACUUUGCUUCAAAUGUAUUGAGGAGGAGGAGGCGGCUGCUGGUUAGUCCUUUAUACUGCCUUGUGUCUUGUCCCUUUCUUUGUUCCUAUAUUUUUUUAUAUUUGUACAUGAAGUUACUUUUCCCUGUUGGGAUUGUAUAUGUUUUUUUUAUGUAAAUAAGCAUUUUCACCCAAAUAAUAAAUACACAAGUCGGAAACCUUUGUGCUGAAUUUA